UCAAAUUUCAAAGAAAUCGAUGGUCAGUGACGUCAAGUCCACAUGUGUUUCUCCCGCUUCCGUCAUUCUGGUCUCGUUGAAUGAAUGAAAUUUGUGGGACCUGAACAAUAUUCGACAAAGAAAGGUUAACAGAAAGAACAAAGAUGCCCUCUGACGCAAAGAAGAAGCGGGAACAAAAGAAAAAAGAAGCUGCAAAAAACAAAGGAAAGAAAAGGACCGAUGACACCCCACAGAAUGGAGAAACUGAGAAUGGAAUCAGUAAUGGAGCUGGGAAGGACGAUGAAUUGAUUGAGUUAGCCAAGGGCUUAGAAGAAAUUGAUGUGAAGGCUCAGUACCGAUCAGUGACGGGGGUUCUCCUGUCUCACCCAGACAGUCGUGACGUCCAGCUGGGCAAUGUGACCUUGACCUUCCAUGGGGCGGAACUCCUGACGGACACCAAAAUAGAGCUCAACGUAGGUCGACGAUAUGGACUCAUUGGUCUUAAUGGAUGCGGUAAAUCCUCGCUAUUAUGUGCACUGGAGUGCAGGGAACUUCCCAUACCUGAGCAUAUAGACAUUUAUCACUUGCGGCGGGAGAUAGAGCCCAGUGACAAGACGGCCCUCCAGUGUGUGAUCGAGGUCGACAAGGAGAAGAUGAUACUGGAAAGGGAGUCAGAGAUUCUGGCUGCCAGAGACGAUCAUGAAUCUCAGGAGCGUUUGAUGGACAUAUACGAGCGUUUGGAUGACAUGGACGCCGAUAAGGCAGAGGCUCGGGCAGGCUUCAUCUUGCACGGUCUCGGAUUCACCAAAGAAAUGCAAAACACGGCCUCCAAACACUUCUCUGGAGGGUGGAGGAUGAGGAUAUCCCUGGCCAGGGCCCUGUACAUCAAACCAUCCCUCCUACUGCUGGAUGAGCCCACCAAUCACCUUGACCUUGAUGCCUGCGUGUGGCUGGAGGAGGAACUCAAAACAUACAAGAGGAUAUUAGUAAUGAUCUCGCACUCUCAGGAUUUUAUGAACGGAGUGUGUACAAAUAUCAUCCACAUGGCCAACAAGAAGCUGAAAUAUUACGGAGGUAAUUAUGAUGCAUACAUGCAGACCAGGAUGGAGUUGGAGGAAAAUCAGAUGAAGAGAUACAAAUGGGAACAGGACCAGAUAUCACAUAUGAAGAACUACAUCGCUCGCUUUGGACACGGUAGUGCCAAGUUGGCUCGUCAAGCCCAGAGUAAAGAGAAGACACUGAAGAAGAUGGUUGAUGGGGGCCUGACAGAGAGAGUGGGAAGAGAUAAGACGCUUACCUUCUACUUUCCCGACUGUGGCAAGUUACCUCCCCCUGUCAUCAUGGUUCAGCAUGUCAGCUUCCAGUAUAAUGAGUCCAAGCCACUGAUCUACAAAAAUCUGGACUUUGGAAUGGACUUGGACACUAGAGUGGCAUUGGUAGGGCCCAAUGGAGCAGGGAAGUCUACACUACUCAAACUUAUAGCAGGAGAGUUGAUACCAACAGAUGGUCUAAUAAGAAGACAUUCUCACCUGAAGAUUGGGCGAUAUCACCAGCACUUACAAGAACAUCUGGACAUGAACAUGACAGCACUGGACUGGAUGAUGAAGUGUUUCCCGGACAUCAAGGAGCGAGAGGAGAUGAGGAAGAUCAUCGGUCGAUAUGGACUGUCUGGACAACAACAGAUUUGUCCAAUGAAGAACCUGUCAGAUGGACAGCGGUGUCGAGUGAUAUUCGCAUGGUUGGCCUGGCAGAACCCACACAUGCUGUUACUGGACGAACCCACGAACCAUCUGGACAUCGAGACGAUCGACUCGCUCGCCGACGCCAUCAACGACUUUGAUGGGGGACUAGUCCUUGUCAGUCACGACUUCAGGCUUAUAUCUCAGGUUGUGGAUGAAAUCUGGAUCUGUGAGAACCAGACCGUUACAAAGUGGGAGAGUGAUAUCUUUGAAUACAAAGAGGCGCUUGCCAAGAAAGUCCGCAAACAGAUCGCAAAGAUGAGGGACGGUUGACAACGUGGAUAAUUAAGUUCUGUUUUUAACAUUAAGUUAUUGCAUAGCAACCUCUCCUUUUUUAUUAUUUUUUUUUUUGGUUAAAUGAAUUGAUUUUCUUAUUUCAAAUCAAUCAGUGCAUGUAUUUAUGAAGUUUUGCUGUUAUGAGAUUUGGCAGGGCAAUUAUUGCGCAAGUGUGAUUGUAAACUUUGAAAAAAGGAGUGUAUACAAUAUUGUGUACAGGUAUGGUUGACCAAGUGUGUGUGGAUUGACCAGAAACUUUCAAGAAGUUCAAUUUCUUGAAAUUAAAAAAAAAAAGCAAAAAAAAAAAAAGGUAAAAGAACAACAACUGUAAAAUUUGAUUGUAUGAAAAGCCUCGUUGUGGAUUAUCUUCACUUUAUGCCUUUUAAAAAUCUCUUAAAAUUCAAGAAAUUCAAAAUGGCAAAAUAUAUUUACAUGUGAGAGAACUGGAUGCAAUGGUGUGAAGAACUCUUCAUGAUCACACCUUUACAAGUUUUCUUCUCAAGAAAAAACAAUUGGAGUUCAAACACUAUCAGAACUUUUUUUUUAUUUAAUGUAUUUGUAUUUUUUUGUUAGAAACAUUGUCAGCAUAUUUUCCCCUCUAGAACUUGUCUGUGUUACAAUAUGAUAUUUAUUUCCAUUUUAUUUUCCUUGUUUCCUGUAAGGAAUAUUUUGGAGAAAUGAUGUAUAUUGCAAGAUUGACUGUUAAAACAAUCAUGUGAAAAAUCUCAACUGCUAUUUAAUAUUAUGAAUUUAUGGAUCAGGUUUGUUAAACAAAGAACAAUAAAUUUGAAUAUUUAUGAAAUGUUGCAAAGAAUUUGAAAGAAAUUAAUAAAAUCAAGGAAAUUUUU